AUGGCAAAUCAACUGAUGGAGAUAUACUGGAAUGUUGUCUUUCCGCUUUAUCCGUUCUUCAACCGAGAAGAGCUGAGUGCGGAGUACCGGAAACUCUGGAAUGGAGAAGAAAGUUUGACUUGCGACGAAGACACGCUCAUGUGCACAUUCAAUGUGAUUUUUGCCCUAGGUUGUCAGUUGGCCGAUUUCAUCAAGCCUGAAGAUCGGGCAGAUAUGGCUGGUAAUUUCUUCGCCCGCGCUCAAGAACUUCUCCCGGGCAAUAUGUGGCACUCGGGACCUUCUUCAGUGAUCCAAUGUUUAUUGCUGGUGUCACAGUACCUCCAGAGUACAGAUUCGGCUGAUCAAUGUUGGAUGGUUACUGGCAUGGCUAUCCGCAGUGCUCAAGGCUUAGGCUUGCACUUGCCAGAGACAAGUUUACACCUCGAAAAUUCUCACGAACAAGAGCUUGUGAGGAAAAUAUGGCAUGGUUGUGUUUUGAUGGAUCGGUACGUUGAUACAAGCUCACAUUCUCAACUUCUUCUAAAUCUUUAUAGUGUUGUCGCAUUGACUCUUGGCCGACCUGCCAUGAUAUCUAAAGAAGCAGCCAAGGCCGUUCCAUUACCUGUUGUGGUAGAUGAGCACCGCUUACAGGUGCCUCUAGAACAAACAGAAGAAUCACUGUUUUUGAAAUUCUACACAAAGUCGCUGGAGCUAUAUGAAAUUCUCAACGACAUUUUACUUAGCUUAUACAAAAGCCCAACCCCUCCAAGCAAGCCAGAAAAUUCUCAUAAUUCCUACUUCAACAGCUUUGAUGAUGGACAAGUGGCAGUUUUCCGAUUGGAUCAUGCACUCAGCACAUGGUCUCUAGAUCUUCCGCCCCAUUUACGCACCUCUUCUCCCCUAUCUUCCAGAGAUCCCAUCAGUGACCGACAGAGCAUUGUGUUAAGGUUAAGAUUCCUUCAUGUCCGAAUGGUUCUUUUGCGACCCAUACUAUCUAAAUACUGCGACCUGUUUACAAGAGAGCGCUUAAUCGUAUCUGAUGAUUCUCUUCCUCAGCGAUUUGCUGUCCAGUGUUCCAUACUCUGCGUGCGCUCAGCACAAGACCUCGUUGAUAUGGUCUACAACAAUUUUCCUCCUAAUGGAAAGAUUGGAAAACUUCCAUCGUGGUGGUACAACAUCUUAUACGUAUACACUGCCGCUACUAUCCUGAUAGCCGGGCGUCUUUGCCCGGCUAUUCUUGCCGAGGCAACGGAAGAGUCGGUUUCUCUUUCAUGGCAGCGUGCACUGAACAUUUUACGAAAUUAUCAAAGCUACAGCUCCUCUGCUCGCCGAUGUGUAUUAGCGCUUGAACUUCUCUAUGAGCAGAUCAACCCAUCUGCUGCAGCUGUAGUAUCACAGCGGUCGCCAACAUUUUCUCACCCUGUCAUGAAUGACGUGUCAUUGGGGGAAGGGGUCUCUGCUGCCGUUAUCGAUGGAUUUGAUCUGCCAGACUUUGUUGACAUGUCCUGGCUAAAUAGCGUCCCCAGCAACUUGUAUUAG